GUUUGGCGGAACGCAGCACACGAUACGCAUUUCAAGUAACGUGUCUCUAUCCUUUCCUAGCGAGGGGAGUCUAACAAGGAACAGACCACACACGCGUACACAUAUUGAGAAGACAAAUAGGACGAUGGACCGUGGCGGUGGAUAUCAGCGUCGAGAGGGCUUUGGUUACGGCGGUGGUGGUUAUGGCGGUUACGGAAGAGGCGGCGGUGGUGUUGGUGCCGGUGGCGGCCACUUCAACAGCGGCGGCUUCGGCGGACCCGGUGCCCCGCGGCGGCGCUUCCGUAGCGACUUCGACCCGGAAGAGUACGCGCCGCGCCGCAAGAUCCAUGGACAGCGGCCCGUCGACUUCUACUCCCCUGCGAUCCAGCACGUGCUGACGCGUCUGGUGCCGCGCAAGACGCCUUACCACUACCACGUCGCCCCGCACGAGUACUACACAAAAGACCUUGUCACCGCUAGUGUGACGAACUACAACCCUAGCACGGCCCUCUGCACGCAGUGGGUGAACACGUCGUACCAUCCUGAUAGCAAGGGUGGUCGGGUGCGUACCCCGCUGUACGGCCUGCAGUGGUCGCCCAGCGGUCGCCGCCUCCUCUGCUCGACCGGCCGCGGAGAAUUCCUCCUCUUCAACGGACAGUCCUUCGGAGUUGAGGUGAAGACGGUGGCGCACGAGGACAACCGACCAUGCCGCGCCAUCGCGUGGGGCCGGCGGCAUGACUUGAUCCUGAGCGGCGACGACGCCGGCAAGUUAAAGAUGUGGAUGUCGAGCUUUGUGUUCAUGUCGGAAGUGGACACGAGCCACCGUGCCGUGCGCGAGAUCUCGUGGGCGCCGCAGGAGCUGAAGUUUUGCACCGCCGGGCAGGACGGCUCCGCCAAGGUGUGGGACACCAACACCGUUGGCGCACACUCGGCCUCCGCCGGCGCCGGCGGCAGUGAGCAGCAGAUGGCGAUGGAGGAGGUGAAGCUGGAAGGCCACGGCGGUGACGUGACGACGACGCACUGGCACCCCUACCGCUCCCUCAUCGCCACGGGCAGCCAGGACACGCAGUGCCGCCUGUGGGAUCCGCGAACGGCGUCGCGCGGCAGCGUUGCCGCUCUGCACGGCCACAGUCAGGCGCUCACCUGUGUGCGGUGGCACCCCGACGGCCGAACGCUUCUGAGCGCGUCGAAGGACGGCGCGGUGAAGCUGUGGGACAUCCGCAAGACGCAGCCGGAGGUGAAGCGCUUUACGGGGCACGUGGACGCCGUGGAUAAGGUGGACUGGCACCCCACCGUCGCUGACUUGUUCGCGAGCACCGGGGCGGACGGCAGCAUUAUGUACUGGAUGGUGGCGGAGGGCGAUGGGGCGCUGACGCACGGCAUCGAGGAGAUCAUUCGUGAGGCCGCGGUGGUGGAGGCGGCGCACGACAAGUUCCGCGACAAGCCGAACCCGGUGCACUGCGUUGCGUGGUCGCCGCUGGGCAAUCUGCUGGCGUCCAGUGGUCACGAAGUGAAAUACUGGACACGGAAUAAACCCGGUGCACUGGAGGAGAAGGAGCGUGGUGUAGAGGAGGAUAUUCUGGGCGAUGAAGGCAACACCGGGAUGUGA